AUGAUGCAGGAACAUCAAGAAGGUCUCAAGGGUGUCGGUGUACGGACCAUCUUCCACUUGCAAUUCAUUGCUACGCCGACUUCCGAUACGCCUGGUACGAGUUUGAUUCUUCACUUCGCCUCAAAACGAUAUAUUUUCGGAGAGAUCGCGGAAGGUACUCAGAGGGCAUGCAUACAACGUGGAAUUGGUCUUCGGAAAGUCCGAGGGCUGUUUCUAUCGGGAAAGACGACAUGGAGCAAUGGUGGUCUGAUUGGACUUAUUCUCAGUCUGGCUGAUAUUCAGCAGGGAGAGGUCGAAUACGACGAAGACGAAGGUGUCAAUAAGCGUCCGAGACUUCAUAUCCAUGCGGGCCCCAAGCAAAUGCAUUCAUUGGCUUGCGCUCGACGGUUCGUCUUCCGCACAGGGAUGCCUUUAUCGGUCCAUGAGGUUGAUGUCCAACACCACCGCCAUAACCCAAACCCCGACCCGAUCCAUAAAGACGAAAACAUUCGGGUGUGGGCACUCUGCCUCCAACCCACGAGUGACACUACCUCACCUUCCACUACUGCCAAAAAAGUAGAUCAGCCGGAUCUCGUUCCAGGACACAAUUCGGAAGUUAGCACGGUGAACGAUUCGCAAAUAGAGCGAGACCAAACACUGCGGAAAGAUGUGGUGAACAACAUGUUUGACUCAGAUUGGAGACGAGAUCAACUUGUUCAAUCCAAACUCAAAGACAUCAAAUUGCCCGCAGUGGUCUGGGUAAGGGAUGCAGAAACAAAGAAGUUGACCUCGUAUACUUGCUACGAUCUGAACAAUACUGCUCCAUUGACGCCAGACACCGAUGUUCUGGUUCGAAAUCCCUGGCCUGCUUCGACUGUCGAAGAGCUUCCUCCAGCAUCAGGCCUACCAGAAGGUGUGUCAAUGUCGUACAUUGUCAAGGGCUAUGCGCAGCGUGGAUCAUUCGACAUUGAGAAGGCAAAAAGCCUGGGAUUAAAACCGGGACCAAUUUUCCGCGACCUUGUCGCCGGCAAAUGCGUACAGACUGAAGAUGGAAGGACGAUCACACCCGAAAUGGUUAUGACACCGACUCGUCCCGGGAGGGGCUUUGCCAUCUUCGACGUCCCUUCGAUCGACCACCUCCAGGAUCUCGAACGCCAACUACACAAUGGAGGAGAUCGGCUUCUGGACGGCGUGCAGGCCGUGGUUUGGAUGACCCGGGGAGGCGUUUUAUACGAACCACAGUUCGAACAAAUCCUCCAAAGAUUCGGGGGGAUCAAACACAUUAUCUCUGAUCCGGAUGUUUGCCAUGACUAUGUUGUCCACGACUCGAGUGCGCUUUCUUCUCUCCGCCUAUCGAAUAUUGCUUCAGAGUUCUUCUCACUCCCUCGAUACGAUAAUCUGCACGGUUAUCGUCCCCAUAUUCCUCGGCCUCCGCAGCAUUUGCCGACAAUUUUCCAGCCAAAGGACAAUAAAGCUGAUAUCGUUCCCGCCAAGAGAGGCAUGAAAAUAAAUAUUGAACCCAACUUUCUGCUCGAUGAGAGUGAAAUUCCCAACAAUCAGGAUCUGAUGACACUAAACCUGCCUCUGGAACCAGCAGUGCAGGAAGCCUUACCAGCUGACAUGUCGCUGUAUCACAGACCAGACAGGGCAACAAUAUCAAGUUUAGAUCUGGCUGAACCCGAGAUAUUCACGCUAGGCACCGGAUCUGCGGCCCCGUCAAAAUACCGUAAUGUGUCUGCAGUCCUCCUCCGUAUGCCCGAUGGGGCGGGAAAUUAUCUCUUUGACUGCGGAGAAGGCACGCUGGGCCAGCUGAGACGAGUGUACCCAGCGGAACAGCUGGACGAUAUACUGUACAAUCUCAAAGGAAUAUGGAUUUCACAUCUUCACGCUGAUCAUCAUUUGGGGACUGUAACGGUCCUCAAGGCUGCUUAUGAAGCCCGUCAGAAGCUAUCUGAGCAUGGCAAACCACUACCAUCUCCCCCGUGCUUGAUAUCCGAAAUCAACAUGAUCGAUUAUUUGGCUGAGUAUCAGUCAGUGAUUGGUAUCUCAACAGAGUCACUGUGCACUCCUAUAGCCUGCGAUUGGCGUGAGGGGAUGUCGUUUCACGGGAAACCGUUUGACUUCGGUCAAACGGAUGUUCCCAUCAGGGAGCUUCAAACGGUCAAAGUGAAUCAUUGCCACGGAGCUCAAGCGGUAUCUGUUACUUUUCAGAACGGAUUCAAAUUCUCCUAUAGUGGCGACUGUAGACCUAACGAGCGGUUCUGCGAGAUCGGAGAGAAUUCCGACGUCUUGGUCCACGAAGCAACCUUUGAUGACGGUAUGGAAGGUGAUGCCAUGGCAAAGAAGCAUUGUACGACAGGCGAGGCUGUUGGUGUGGCUUUGAAAAUGAAGGCCAAGAAUCUGAUCCUAACGCAUUUCAGCCAGCGAUAUCAAAAACUCCCGGUCCUAAGCAGUGUUAAGAUGCCAGAACACCUCUCGGAAGAAGACUUAAUAGAUGAUGUCGACGCAGAAAUGACCAACCCGCAAGUCGGUAUGAAUACACAACGCGAAAACGACGAGCCUGCGGCUCCGUCGGCUUCGGCCUGGACCGAGCCUGAUUCGGCGCGUGAUCUCAACAUUGGGAUUGCUUUCGAUCUCAUGCGUGUCAGGGUGUCGCAGAUCAAAACGAUGAAGCCGCUCUUCCCCGCCAUCUCCAAGAUGUUCGAGAUCGAAGAGGAGAAGCGCGAGAAGCAGCGGUUAGAGGUCGCAGCUGCGCUCAACGAAGAAAACAAGCAGAAAAAGGCCGAGAAGGCGAAGGCAGCGCAAGCCAAGAAACAAAAACAGAAGGACGCGGAGGCGAUGCAGGUCGCCGGCAAGCAAGGGCAGAAAGCUGGCAACGAAGAGAACUCGAAGAAGAACAGGAAGAACAAGAGGAAGUUGGAGCAGCAGGAACAGCAGCUACCGCCCACCCCUGCCCCUGCGCUCGACGAUGGUGAGCGGCCAAAGAGCACUUUUGAGGCAAGGAAUGCUAAGCCUGUUCAGCCUCAGUAUCAGCCCCAAUACCAAUCUCAGGCUCAACCUCAAACCAGUGACGAUGACGACAAUGACAACAGCAAUUUCAACGUCGAUGGCGGUAGCCAUACCGAGAUUCUAACAAUACCUGCCCUCCGCAACUCGAGCAAUUCCACCGUCAUCUUUUCAGCAGGAGCUGUUGAAACAGACGUAGAGAUGGAAGCAAGCAGUCCCAAGAAGAAGUGUAAGCUGAGUCCUGCGUGA